UUUCCGGGUUUCUUUUCUUAUUUGAUAAUGAUAGCGUUAGAUCAGCUGCAGUCUGCAGAUUUAGGAUUAUCUUUAUUAUAUUAGUUUUUGUUAGUUUCAUAGUUAUCUUUUAUUUUUCGCAGUAGUUCAAUUAUUUAGGGUUAAGUUAUUUAGGUCAGACUCAUGGGCUCCAAGUUAUUUAAUUGGGCCUCAAGUCAUUAGGUCUAUAUAUAGUUCUUUACGACUUAGGGUUAAUUAUCUUGGGAUCAUUGUUUAGGGACAGCAAUAGCUGUAGGGCAGAGAUAUUUUUCUCUGAGGGCCUCGCAGGAGGAGUUUUAUAUAUCGUAUUUUUAUUUUCUUUCUUAUUUCAUACGCCUUUACUCUAUCAAAUUGGUCCGACCUGCCGGAUCAGAGACGAUGGUGGCAACUACCAGGAGUACCGAACAGCGACUGGACGGAUUAGAGAAGGCGGUUGAAGAACUGAUUACAGCGGUGGACGGGUUUCGUACGUAUCAAGUUUCAACGGACUCGAAACUUGACGCGCUGCUGAAGAAGUUCAAUAUUUCCCCUACUGGCACCGGCGAUGAAUCAGAGGGAAGCCGUGACCCCGAAUCGGAGACCGAAACGCCCACUCCUCUUCAGGUUUUUCAAAAGAUGGAUCUUCCCAAUUUUGACGGGACAGAUGCACUUGCAUGGCUCGCACGUGCUGACCAAUAUUUUCUCGUGCAUGAGACACCAAGGGACAAGAGAUUGAAGACAGCCCUAAUCGCUAUGUCAGGCCCGGCCAUGGCGUGGGUGCAACUGUUGCUGCGACGCUGUCCGACGCUAACCUGGACUCGAUUCAGCCGUGAACUUCUGAAUCGGUUUGGACAUAAUGCUGCAAUUAAUGGGUACGAGGCGCUGGGGGCGACAAAACAGGAAGGGUCUUUGGAGGAUUACAUCGCUGCAUUCGAAGGGCGUGCGGCGCAACUUCCUGAUUUCACGGAUGAGCAGUACCUUGGUUUCUUCUUGAGUGGGCUCAAACCACACAUUCGCAAACAAAUCCAAGACCCUACGGUCACGGAUUACUCGGCAGCAGUUUUGAUGGCUCGAAAGGUUGAGCAGGAACCACCGCCAGUUACCACAGCAAAUUACUCUACCAGGCCAGUGUUCAUUCGACAUUCUUCCCCGGUCAGACCUCAAAGCGCCCCACCAGCGACGAACACAUCGUCGGUUGUCUCCCACACGUCGUCCGCUUCCCCGGCUGCCUCCCUCACUUCGUCUGCCCCUCCCCGCAAUUUUCGCAACAUCUCCAAUGAGGAGUACAUGAAACACCGUGCAGCUGGCACUUGUUUUCGCUGCGGCCUGAAAUAUGGGCCAUUGCAUCGCUGCCCACCUAAAACACUACAGGUUUUAAUCGGUGACAUGGAAGAUGACCCGGGCAGGGACCUAGAGAAUUAUGAGGAUACCGGGCUGAAGGAGGAAGUCCCAUGGGACCAUGUGAAUCAGCAACCGCCUUGAGGACAAGGCUGUUUCGACAGGCGGGCAAUUGAUAGCGUUAGAUCAGCUGCAGUCUGCAGAUUUAGGAUUAUCUUUAUUAUAUUAGUUUUUGUUAGUUUCAUAGUUAUCUUUUAUUUUUCGCAGUAGUUCAAUUAUUUAGGGUUAAGUUAUUUAGGUCAGACUCAUGGGCUCCAAGUUAUUUAAUUGGGCCUCAAGUCAUUAGGUCUAUAUAUAGUUCUUUACGACUUAGGGUUAAUUAUCUUGGGAUCAUUGUUUAGGGACAGCAAUAGCUGUAGGGCAGAGAUAUUUUUCUCUGAGGGCCUCGCAGGAGGAGUUUUAUAUAUCGUAUUUUUAUUUUC